GCUAAUGCAAGACACCGGCAAUUCACCGCACGCGCUGCCAGUGUCUGAGCUAAAGUCUCCACAGCUCUCGGAACAGGACGUGCUAUACUAAAAUAACUUAAAACUAAACCACAAAUAUACAUUAAAGAUUCCCUCCUGUUGAAACCAGUUGACCAAAGAAAUGGUGAUGGAGAAGCCAAGUGCCCAGCUUGUCGGGCGAGAGUUUGUCCGACAGUAUUACACCCUUCUAAACCAGGCUCCGGACUAUCUGCAUAGGUUUUAUGGCAAGAACUCCUCUUAUGUACAUGGUGGCCUGGACAAUAAUGGCAAACCAGUUGAAGCGGUCUAUGGGCAAUCUGAAAUCCACAAAAAGGUAAUGGCCCUGAGUUUCCGUGACUGUCAUACUAAGAUCAGUCAUGUUGAUGCCCAUGCCACACUUAAUGAGGGAGUGGUGGUGCAAGUCAUGGGAGAGUUGUCCAAUAACAUGCAGCCCAUGAGGAAGUUCAUGCAGACAUUUGUUCUGGCACCAGAGGGUACGGUUGCUAAUAAAUUCUACGUACACAACGACAUUUUCCGGUACCAGGAUGAAGUAUUUGGAGACUCGGACUCAGAACCUCCUGAGGAGUCUGAGGAGGAUGUGGAAGAGAUGGAGCGAGUGCACUCACCAGAAGUGGUCCAGGAGGAGCCUGCUGGAUACUACGAACAGUCACCUUGUUUGGAGCCUGAGGGCCCGCAUGAGGAGUCUGAAACCCCAGAGCCCCAGCCUGAGCCAGAAGCAGAAAUGGAGCCUGAGCCAGCUGUUGUGGAGCUUAAACAGGAACCAGUCAGUCAACCCGAGGUUCACAUUGAGGAAAAGAUUCAGAGAUCGCCCCCUUCACCCACACCUGCUGACACUACACCACCCACCAUGCUAGAGGACAACCGGCCAUCUUCAUGGGCUUCAGUCACUAGCAAGAAUCUCCCACCAGGAGGAGUGGUCCCAGCCACAGGAGUUCCUCCCCAUGUUGUCAGAGUUCCACCUGCGCAGAUGCGUGUUGAGAUAAAAGCGGAAACCCAGACCACAGCACAGAGACCCCAGAGAGACCAGAGACCACGUGAACAAAGACCAGGACCCUCUCCAGCACAUAGAACAACAAGACCAGGAGUGCGGGAGGGUGAGAGUGGCGAGUCUGAGGUGAGAAGAACAGUCCGGUAUCCCGACAGCCAACAGCUCUUUGUUGGAAAUGUACCUCACGAUGUGGAUAAGACAGAACUCAAGGAAUUCUUUGAACAAUACGGCACAGUCCUUGAGCUAAGAAUCAACAGUGGUGGCAAGUUGCCUAACUUUGGAUUUGUGGUAUUUGAUGACUCUGAGCCAGUGCAGAAGAUUCUCAGCAAUCGGCCCAUUAAACUGCGAGAAGAUGUUCGGCUGAAUGUAGAGGAAAAGAAGACCCGCUCAGCCCGUGAAGGUGACAGGCGGGACAUCCGCCCCAGAGGCCCGGGGGGACCGCGCGACAGGAUAGGCGGGUCAAGAGGACCUCCUGCCCGUGGAGGCAUGGCUCAGAAACCUAGUUUUGGAGCCGGACGUGGCCAAGGACCCAGCGAAGGCCGCUACACAGGACCACGUCAGUGAGGCAGCUCCCACAUCAUUCAAUGCUGAUGCGAGUCACCCUGGUUAACACCGAUGGCUUCCCUUAAUCCCUGUCCAUCCUUCACUCCAGGACCCAGGAGUGCGAAUCUUCUUUAUCUGGACUGUCCUUUUAUUUCUGAGUUUGAACUUGAAUUUGUUGUAGAAAAACAAAACUACUUGAAUUGGGGAAAGGAGAAACCUAGCAUUUGGUUUUAGCGUUCUCUCCCUGUUUCUUAAAGGAACGUGUUUUUACUGCUUGGGCAAUCCUGUGUAUUGCUAGCACCCGCUUUCAGGUCAAUUGCAAGUAUGGUUUUAUUUGGGAUUGUUGCCAAGUCAAAUCAUGUUUGUGUGUGAGUGACCAUCUAGCAUGUUAAGAAUCCUGUUUGCCUUCUACUGUUGCACUUCAUCAAGAAUGACAACAUAUUUCAGCAACUCCACCAAUGAGAGAACAAAAUAAACUCUAUGUACUAUUUUGAGGCAUGUGUGUGUCUUGUCUGAGGAAAGAACGGUGGAAAAACAUCAGAAUAUAUGCUAAUUUAAUUCCUAAAAAGUCACAAGCACCUGUCAAGCCCCCCAUUACUGCCAGUGUAGCGUUGGUCAUCAUGGAAAAGUACGUUUUGCACCAAUAGACAUCCAUCACCCAGCCACUGAAAUGAUGAAAUUCCGCAAUAUUGUGCAGCCAUUGUCAACAAAAAUUAAGUUAAAUUGCGCCAUCAGUGUUCUUCCAUCGGUACCUAAUCCUAGGGCUCAAGACAGCCAAUCAUCUUUCCAUUUUCUCUGUAAAAUUGUUACUGGUCUAUCAUAAGAUUACUGGCCUUAAUUAUGGAUUCAUUUUUUUUUGCAUCACACUAGAAUCACAAAUGUGCUUUAAAAAUUGGGUUAACAGUCAGUAUGAUUUUCUGUGGCCAUGGUUUAGAGUGUUGACCAGCUGGUGGCCCUACAUUAGUAUUCAUGGAAGAGAAUUGAGAAAGUGAUACACGCAACCUCUCUGUUGCUUUAUUUUGAAGCCCACACCCCAUGACCCACAUGAGCUCAAGAUGUUUUGAUACAGCUGGCAAUAACCAACCAAGCAUACAGCCCCCCCAACUGGACCUUCGUAAGGCCUUAUCCGCAAUAAGCAGACA